UUAACCCAUCCAAUCUGUUGCGGCUCUAUACUUAACAGCCAUGCUCGAGAAAUCUGGGUCAGUGAAUCGAAGCCCAAGUGUCGCAUCGUGUGCUGAGCAAAUCUUUAACCGAAACUCAUAAUUGAGAGACGUGUCUGCGCUGCGGAGCCUGCGGUUUGAAGGAAUGGAUGUCCAAGACCUGGCCAUACGAAAUUGGAGUUUGGAUUUUAACAAUGUCAUAAAAUCUAACCAUCCUGUUUUCCAGGCCGAGGGAAAGUCAGAUCCACAUUCCAGUUUGUGGGCCGACCCAAAAAGAGUGAAAAGUUGCAUUUCUCGGUCUUUCACCAGGGAUGCUAGGAUGAGACUAGAUUUUUUAAAGUUUGGAUCUAAUUCUCAAGUCUUCUCCGGUGCCAAGGAUGGGAUGAUGUUUAAUGAUGAAAAAGAAAAAGACCCAGGAACGCAUACUGUUUUGGAUUUAGUGGAGCUUCUUGAACUCAAGGAUGAUAAAGAGGAUGACGACAGCUGGCUGUACAAGUCUCCAAAAAGACAAAUGUCAGCGGACAAUGAGUCUCCUCUGAGAUGGUGUCGACACGUCCUGGAUAAUCCCAGUCCUGAGACGGAGGCAGCAUCGCGUUUACUUUUGGACAAACUAAAUCAGAAAACAAGCAGUUCCUACAGAAACAUCUUUUACAGACACCCUGCAGUGCAAGAUCGGACUGACAGUGCACCUGUGGAUCUUCAAAAUGGCAAGAAAUCUUCCGACACAAUAAAUGACACCUCGAACAGUUCCGAUAAUUGUGAUCUGGGUGUGCCCUUUGAGUCCGUAACGACCAGCUACAAAUUGCAGGACAUCACAGAUGUUCACCUUAUGGCCCGCAUACAAGAAGACAGCUUGCGACAGGACUAUAUCUCCAUGCCCGCCUCUGUUUCGGACAGAAGAAGUCCUGAGCCACAAGUAACACUUCGAUCAUACUUUUGUAUUCGAUUCCGUUGGAAGAAUAUUCAUCUUGUUGGCGUGCUUGUGUUGUCACAGGUUAGACUUCGUCAGCAAGUCACUCAGUUCAAGUUGCUAAAAAGAGCUCAGAAUCGAGGUACGCAAAAAUCACCCUUGCGGACCAGCCUUCGUUCCCUGCAAGCUCUGAGAAACAGUCGCAGUUUGGACACUGAUGACUGCCUGCCUGCUCAUCAAACAUCAAACACAGAUUUUCCAUCAGCAUCUACAAACUCCAGCGACUGGUCGCACCUAGUGAGAAGCUCAUCAGUCCAGAAGACGGCCACGAGGGAAGUGCAGAGGUCUCAGUCUCUCAGCCCCCGCAGGAUCCCUCACUGUGCUCAGAGAUAUCUGUCCAUUAAUGCGUGUGUUUACGCCUCACCCGAGAGAUCAACCACUGCAGCUUGGGGCGGCAAUUUGCCAUCCAGGCCAAGGUGAAGGACAUCGGCAGAGAUUAGGCUGACACAUUAAGGGCACAUAGACAUGGUUAGGAAUGGAGUAUAAAAUUAGAAAUGAGAUUGUACUGUAUGUAUUUUUGCAUUAAGAGUCAAUUAGAAAUGUUAUAACUCGAACAUCACGUCAGGAUCCACCAUUGUUCAAGCUCACAGUUCAGUUGUUUUUAGAGCCACCCACCCCCACACCUUACCUUGAUAUACUGAACCUCAUACAAUAUAAGCCUCAAUUAAUAAAGCUUUUUCCAGA